AUGUCGCGACCGUCGACAUCACAGGAAAAUGGACUAUUCUCGGCGCGUCGACAGCGAGAAGUGAGUCGCGCUUGUUAACUUGCUGCAGAAUGGAGGGGAUACUGACAAAAACAAUGACAGACACUCGGCCCAGUCUCUGGCAAUGUCUCUGCGAUCCCAAUGCCUGCGUCUGCGAUGAAGAGAUCGACCUCGACGACAAACUUCGGACAGGCACCGCAUACCACGAACAAUGCGCGUUCGACAUCAGGAUCGCGCAUGUCACUUGCGCCGGGACGACCGUCGCAGCCCAUAUUCCAUCGCUCUUCUUCCGGUGACAAUCUGGCAGGAAUGGGCUUCUCUACAAUACAGCGACCAAGCUCCCAGAAUUUCUUCGCGAGCACAGGUGGGAGAAAGAGCUUCGCGCCUGUGACAAGCACACCUGCAAAUCCAAUACAGCUACAGGAAAGCACUGCAAGGCGCAGUAGCGUGUAUAGCGCAAGGCCUUCGGCCGGCUUUGGACCCGCCGGACAUCAAUCUUUCUUUGCGACCGCGCCUCCCACAAAUGGCAUUCCUCCUGACCCGCGACGUCUGAGAGAUCCCAACAUCAAGGCCACAAUGGGCCAGGAGCUUAUGGAGUUCCUGACUCAACGUAACUUCGAAAUGGAGAUGAAGCACAGUUUGACACACAAGACGAUGAGCCAACCAACACAGAAGGACUUCAGCUUGAUCUUCCAGUUCCUGUAUCACCAGGUUGAUCCGUCCUAUCGCUUUCAGAAGAACAUCGAUGCGGAAGUACCGCCAUUAUUGAAACAGAUGCGCUAUCCAUUUGAGAAGAACAUUUCGAAAAGCGCGCUUGGAGCAGUUGGAGGCAAUAAUUGGCACACGUUUCUUGGACUGCUGCAUUGGAUGAUGCAGCUCGCGCAAAUGAUGGAGCACUACAGUACGGGACGGUAUGAUGAGGCCUGCGCUGAGGCAGGAUUCGAUGUCAGUGCAGACCGCAUCACUUUCCAGUUCUUGUCUGGGGCAUAUAAGGAAUGGCUCUCGAUCGAGGACAACGUGACAGACGAGGAUGCCGAGACCGAGAAGAGGAUUCAGCCACAUAUCGAUGCCAUGGCACGAAAGUUCGAGGAAUCGAAUGCUGCUAAUUUGGAGCAAGUCCGGCAGCUUGAGGCAGAGUCAAAGGCGCUUCAGGAGCAGAUUGGCGAUCUAGGCAAGUCAGCGCCAAAACUUCAGAAGCUGGACGAGACCAUCAAGGUCUUGGAAGAAGACCGCCAGAAAUUUGAGAACUACAAUGCGAGCAUGGAAGCAAAGGUCGAAAAGUACAGCAACCGAGCUGAGCUUCUUCAGCAGGAGAUUGAAAAAUGCGAGGCGGAGAUGGCGGAGGCCGAAGCUGAGCGGGAGGAGUUGCAGAAGAAGGUCGAUGAACAAGGUCUGAGCAUCCAGGAUAUCGACAGAAUGAAUGGCGAGCGCGAGCGACUGAGCAAGGGCGUCGAGACCACUCAGGUCCGACUAGAGGAGACGAAAGACCGAACAAGCAAGAAAGAGGCCGAGACUGGCAGCAAGCUCGACGAACUGGAGAGCGUUGUACAACGGUUCAAUAGCCUUGGCUACCAGAUUGGCAUCAUUCCGUCGACAGCUCAGAAUGCGCAAGGGCAUGACUACGAGCUUCGACUGAACGUCAACUCUGGACCGGACUUCACCGCUUCGCAGCUUGGCCAUUCCCACUCCCUCUCUGGUUCUGAUCGACUUCUCGCAGACGCAAACAACGGGUACCAGCCACAGCGUCUUCUCCCACACGCCGACCUCAAGACAACCAAGCGCCAACUGCAGGACCUGCGGAAGGACAUCUCGGACCGACGGAAUGCGGCUCUGGAGGAAGACAUGGCCAAGGUCGACAUGCUCGACAAGACUCGUGAAGCGCUCGAAGACAAGCACUCGGAACUGGAGACGCUCAAGCAUCGCGUCGGCGUAGCGCAAGAAGAAUUCGAGAAGAUGCGUGAGAUUUCGAACCAGCAAGGCAUGGCAUCAGAAGCUCAGAUUGAGCGCAUGGAGAAAGAGUUGAGCAAGAUGCGGGCGACACUGGGCGAGAGCGUGCAACUGAUGGAGCAAAGGGAGAUGAACGUCAACCUUGAGUAAGUGCUGACUCUGCUUUGCUGAGCUAGAUAAAGCUCUUGCUAACGAAGGCAUUAGGUACGAACAACUCACACUGCGAUCCGCAGAGCUCCGAGAAGAGCUGCACACGGAACUGGAAAGGAUGCUGCAAUACAUCAUCAACUUCAAAAUCCACAUCCAAACGUCCCUCGAGUCGUACGAGGAAUUUGUUGCGGCCGAAGUUGAGAGAGAAUGGGAAGAGCAAGAGGCCGUCAACGCACAUGCGGACGCCGAGUUGGGAGCUGAACAGGAUGGGGAUGCGAUGGAGGAGUAG